GAUUGUAUCAUUCAUUCAUCGUCGUGUCUCUUGCUGCACUUCACCGUUUCUUUUCGUCGUCGUCGAAUCCAAUAACAAAAAGCUCUAAACCAAAACACAUAUUUCCCCCUCAAUCAUCUAUUCACAGCUCUGUAAUCAUCGGUGCAAUCUCCAACUGAAAGAAAGGGAAAAGCCCUCCUGAUCACCUGCAACUUCUUGCGUCUUCUUUUUUGGUUUUUGGUCGGAGGGGUUUAGGUACAACGGUUUACUCAUGGCGAAGGGAUAAAUAGACUUCAAAUCUGGUUUUAGAAAACCAGACCAAACGACCCUGGUAUAUCCCACUCGGAAGGAGGGGUUAGGAUUCUGGUUCUACUAAAAAACCAUACCAGACAAACCCAGCAUAUUUCAUUCGAAAGUAAGGUAUAGGAAUCUGGUUCUACUAAAAGACCAGACCUAGCAAGCCCAGUAUAUCCCACUUGAAAACGGGGUCUGGGAAUCUGGUUCUACUAAAAAGCCAGACCAAACAAACCCAGUAUAUCCCACUUGAAAGCACGGUCUGGGAAUCUGGUUCUACUAAAAAGUCAGACCAAACGAACCCAGUAUAUACCACUUGAAAGCACAGUUUGGGAAUCAAACCCAAUAUAUCUCACUCGAAAGCAAGGGUUUGAAAAUUUGGUACUACCGUAUGAAAUAGAAAUGUUGGAGGAUCCAAAGUUUACAGGCAUGAUCGGCCUAAACAAUGGCCACGAUAAUUUUCUUGAUGUGACACAAAGGUUCUACCAUAAGCUUGAUGACGAUAUGUCCAUUGAAAGUUUCAGAAGUUUGCAUAUGAGCAAUGGUGGAGGUUCGUUGGCAAGGUCUCUUGUCAACAGUAGUGUGGGUUCAAAUGGUUCAGCCACUUUCAUGUUAAGUGACCCUGGCUUGAACCAUGGUCAAAUCAAUUACACCGCUGACCGUAGUGUUAUCAGAGGAACAGCAUCAAACGGCUUAACCGAUGAUGGUCUGGCUCAGGCUCUAUUGGAUUCUUGUUUUCCUACAAAAGGGCUUAAGAAUUUUGAAGAAUGGACAAUUGAGCUUACGAAACUUAGCAUGGGACCCACUUUCGCACAAGGUGCAUUCGGGAAAUUGUAUAAAGGUACUUACAAUAAUGAGGAUGUUGCUAUUAAACUUCUUGAAAAACCAGAAGAUGAUGUGGAAAGAGCAAACCUCAUGGAGCAACAGUUUCAACAAGAAGUCAUGAUGCUUGCAAGAUUGAAGCACCCAAAUAUCGUUAGAUUCAUUGGUGCAUGUUAUAAACCGAUAGUUUGGUGUAUUGUGACGGAAUAUGCAAAGGGGGGUUCGGUUCGACAGUUUCUGAAUAGGCGGCAUAACAGAUCUUCGGUGCCUUUGAAAUUGGCGGUGAAACAGGCUUUGGAUGUUGCUAGGGGAAUGGAAUACGUUCAUGGGCUUGGAUUGAUUCAUAGGGAUUUGAAGUCGGAUAAUCUUUUAAUUGCAUCCGAUAGAUCAAUCAAGAUUGCUGAUUUUGGAGUUGCUCGGAUUGAGGUGCAGACUGAAGGAAUGACACCGGAGAUGGGAACCUAUCGCUGGAUGGCUCCGGAGAUGAUCCAGCACAGGUCCUACACUCAAAAAGUAGAUGUUUAUAGCUUCGGGAUCGUGCUAUGGGAACUCAUCACAGGUAUGCUACCUUUCCAAAACCUGACCGAUGUGCAAGCUGCGUUUGCCGUUGUCAAUAAAGGCAUCCGGCCAACCAUCCCAGAUGACUGCCUUCCGGUUCUCAGUGAAAUAAUGACACGUUGCUGGGACGGAGACCCCAAUGUGAGACCAACCUUCACUGAUGUUGUCAAAAUGCUUGAAAAGGCUGAAAUUGAGAUCAUGACAACGGUCAGGAAUGCCCGAUUCAGGGGCUGCUGUGUGAGUCAACCCAUGACCCUCGAUUGAUAUUCGAAGGACCCAACAUGAAAAAAGGAAAUCUAUAAAAUUUUUAUGUAUCUAUACUGUAGGAUGAUUUCUUUCUUAAGAUACAUGGAGAAGAAGAAAGAAAAUCAAGAUAACUGCUUGUUUUGUGGGAUCUAUAUUAUAUAUACCUUUUUGUUUUGAUUUGUAUGGAUUUUGUGGCUGAAUUAGUUGUAAAUGAGGAGAUUUAAUGUUGUAUAUAUACAUGAUAUGUAUUGCUAGUCUUUAUAGUUUU